AUGAUUGAUGAUGAUGAUGAUGAUGAGGAAGACCAGCCAAGUGCUAUGAAGGAGCAUAGUGGAUCAGGGGAUAAGGAUGAAGGUAUAGGAUCAGGUGGUAAGGAUGAAGGUAGUGGAUCAGGGGGUAAGGAUGAAGGUAGUGGAUCAGGGGGUAAGGAGGAAGAUAGUGGAUCGGGGAGUAAGGAUGAAGAUAGUGGAUCAGGGGGUAAGGAUGAAGAUAGUGGAUCAGGGGGUAAGGAUGAAGAUAGUGGAUCAGGGGGUAAGGAUGAAGAUAGUGGAUCAGGGGGUAAGGAUGAAGGAGGUAAGGAUGAAAAUAGUGGAUCAGGAGGUAAGGAUGAAGAUAGUGGAUCAGGGGGUAAGGAUGAAGAUAGUGGAUCAGGGGGUAAGGAUGAAGGUAGUGGAUCAGGAGGUAAGGAUAAAGAUAGUGGAUCAGGGGGUAAGGAUGAAGAUAGUGGAUCAGGGGGUAAGGAUGAAGAUAGUGGAUCAGGGGGUAAGGAUGAAGAUAGUGGAUCAGGGGGUAAGGAUGAAGGUAGUGGAUCAGGGGGUAAGGAUGAAGAUAGUGGAUCAGGGGGUAAGGAUGAAGAUAGUGGAUCAGGGGGUAAGGAUGAAGAUAGUGGAUCAGGGGGUAAGGAUGAAAAUAGUGGAUCAGGAGGUAAGGAUGAAGAUAGUGGAUCAGGAGGUAAGGAUGAAGAUAGUGGAUCAGGGGGUGAGGAUGAAGAUAGUGGAUCAGGGGGUAAGAAUCAAGAUAGUGGAUCAGGGGGUAAGGAUGAAGAUAGUGGAUCAGGGGGUAAGGAUGAAGAUAGUGAAUCAGGAGGUAAGGAUGAAGAUAGUGGAUCAGGGGGUAAGGAUGAAGGUAGUGGAUCAGGAGGUAAGGAUAAAGAUAGUGGAUCAGGGGGUAAGGAUGAAGAUAGUGGAUCAGGGGGUAAGGAUGAAGAUAGUGGAUCAGGGGUCAUCCUCAUCCACCGUCAUCCUCAUCAUCCGUCAUCCUCAUCCACCGUCAUCCUCAUCAUCCGUCAUGGUCAUCCACCGUCAUCGUCAUCCACCGUCAUCCUCAUCAUCCGUCAUCCUCAUCCACCGGCAUCGUCAUCCACCAUCAUGGUCAUCCAACGCCAUCGUCAUCCACCAUCAUCGUCAUCCACCCUCAUCCUCAUCCACCGUCAUUGA